UCGGGUGAGCUUGACGCAGGCGCAGAGCUGUUUUAAGCUGCAGCAGCUGAGCAGCAGAGACUGAACCUCCUGCAACAAAAGAGACACAAACGAAUAAAGAAGAGAAACACGAGAAAGGUUUCAUCUCUGAUCACCGGAAACACACAGAUUGAAUCAUGAUGGAGAAAUCAAACAGCCAAUAUGACUCCUUCCUGUACUGGAGGCAGCCAAUCCCGUCACUCGACCUGUCAGAGCUGGAGGACCUGGGAUUGACUGACAGACAGCCGACCAAUAGCAGCAAAGGAAAAGACAAGUCGUCCUCGCUGAGGGGUCAAGACGAGGAGGUUGGUCUGUCUGAGUUUUCGUCCUUCAACUAUUGGAGAGCUCCGCUUGCCGAUGUGGACGCUCUGCUGGCUGACCUCAACCUGCUGCUGUGAGACCCAGACUCACCUGGAAUCAUCUGACCUUUGACCCCUAAUCAACCUGACCUUUGACCCCUAAUCAGCCUGACACCGAUCAGUCUGCAUAGAGCUUUGUUUUCACGAGUCUUCAUGGAGACUGAUCCUGGUUCAGGUUUAGAUUGUAGUCCCUCUGAGUCCAGCUCAGUCUGUCUGUAUCCAUGACGAUGAUCAUCACCUCAUCAAUCAUUCUGAUCAUUUCACGAGAACCCACCAAAUCACUGACACACACUAAUUUAUACCCGACUUUAAAGACAAAAGAAUGCUGAAACGUACCAAGGUCAGUGAACGCAACGUCUGCAGUGAGUCACAUUAUUUUGUUACUCCUAACCCUCGACCUCACCUGUCAGUUUAAUCCAGAUCAAUCCUGAACCUGGAUACAGAGUGUGUUUACCCGAGUCCUGAUCCAGAUCAUACACCUUAAUCCUGAUCCAGACCAUACACCUUAAUCCUGAUCCAGAUCUUACACCUGAGUCCUGAUCCAGACCAUACACCUUAGUCCUGAUCCAGACCAUACACCUUAAUCCUGAUCCAGAUCUUACACCUGAGUCCUGAUCCAGACCAUACACCUUAGUCCUGAUCCAGACCAU